AUGUCUAUCGAUCGGUCAGAGGUUCUGAGCAAUGUCUGGAGGGACGGCAUCUUUGAUAACAAAGUCGUCUUCGUGACAGGAGGCGCCGGUACCAUCUGCAGCGUCCAGACGAAGGCCUUGGUCUACCUGGGCGCUAAUGCCUGCAUCAUUGGCCGCAACGUUGAGAAGACGGAGAAAAUGGCCAAGGAGAUUGCUGCCGUGCGCAAGGGAGCCAAGGUGCUUGGUAUCGGCGCAAUCGAUGUUAGGAAGUUCGAGAGCCUGCAAGGUGCGGUCGAUCGGUGUAUUAGUGAACUGGGUCAAAUAGACUUCGUCAUUGCCGGUGCAGCAGGCAAUUUUGUUGUGCCCCUGGCCGGACUCUCACCCAACGGUUUCAAGUCUGUCAUCGAGAUAGACACGAUCGGGACAUUCAACACCAUCAAAGCCACCAUUGACCACCUUGUCGAGUCCGCAGCUCGGAACCCCAACCCACCAGCACCAGGCCAGGUCAGCACUGGCGGUCGCUUCAUCGCUGUCUCGGCUGCGUUCCACUAUACCGGCAUGCCUCUGCAAUCGCACGUGAGCGCCGCUAAAGCAGGCGUAGACAGCCUCAUGGCGAGUGUUGCUCUGGAAUAUGGGCCGCUCGGUGUUGUCUCGAAUGUCAUCACCCCCGGCCCUAUUGCGGGUACCGAGGGCAUGGACCGGCUAGCUGCUGCGGAUUCGCACAACUCAAAAGCAGCCACCAGAGCCAUCCCGAGCGGCCGUUGGGGCACGGUCCGCGACAUUGCGGAUGCCACCGUGUUCAUGUUCAGUGAUGCCUCUAACUACAUCAACGGUCAUGUGCUAGUUGUGGAUGGGUCUUCCUGGCGAAGUCCUGCGUCGAUGUCUGUGGGUCUCGAGGAGGACAUGAAGUAUCCCGAUUUCCUGAUCACAGGACACUCCAAGAACAUCAAGACGGGGAAGAAGGAUAGUAAGUUAUAA